AUGGUAUAUGGUACAUUGAGUUAUCUUGGCAAACAGCUGAGGAAUGGUAGUGUUAGUUCAGUCGACUUGAUCAAACAUUCAUUGAAUGCAUUGGAAAAGACGAAACAUCUAAAUGCAUUCAUAACAGUGGAUAAUAAUCAAUCAUUGUUGGAUCAGGCACAGUUGUCUGACAAACAACAGCAGCAGUCGACAUCAACAUCGCGUCGCCCACUCGAGGGCAUACCAAUAGCAGUGAAGGAUAACUUCUCGACAACAGGUCUAAAGACGACAUGUGCCUCAAACAUACUCGCAAACUAUACACCAUCGUUUGAUGCGACGGUAGUGUCACUGCUCAAACAGGCAGGCGCUAUUAUCAUCGGCAAGACAAAUAUGGACGAGUUUGCAAUGGGCUCAUCAACUACAAAUGGGCACAGCGGUGCGUCUAUCAAUCCCUGGUCGACAACCACCACGGCCCCUCUUGUUGCUGGUGGAUCGAGCGGUGGCAGCGCGGUGGCUGUCUCUUCACGCGUCGUCCCAUGUGCCAUUGGAAGCGACACUGGUGGCUCAGUUCGCCAACCCGCAGCAUACUGCGGCGUUGUUGGAUUCAAGCCGUCUUAUGGAAGCAUCUCACGAUAUGGCCUGGUGGCCUAUGCAAGCUCAUUCGAUACACCAGGCUUCUUUGUUCACAGCGCUGACGACGCAGCACUGCUCCUCGAUGUGUUGGUUCGCCGGGACCCGCGCGACUCGACCUCAAUCAAGCAUCCGACCGAGGGUGGCUUCGCGAAACACUUGGAGAAGACCCGCACGAGCGGGUUUGCUGGUCUGCGCUUUGGUAUCCCAACCGACUACCUUGUCAGUGAGAUGGAUCCCGAGAUCAUUGCAUUGUGGAGACAGACUGCAGAGUUGAUAGAGUCCAAUGGAGGACAGGUCGUCCCCGUCGAGCUGCCCAACACGCGCCAUGCAUUGCCCGCAUACUACAUCCUUGCCACAUCAGAGGCCAGUUCCAACCUAUCACGUUAUGAUGGAAUACGAUAUGGAGGUGGCAGCGGCAACAACAGUGAACAACACGAGACAGCACAAACAUUGAAACAACAAUACAUCGAUACAAGAAGUGCAGGCUUUGGACCAGAGGCCACACGUCGCAUCCUUCUGGGAACAAUGUCAUUGUCACGAGGCUCCUACGACAACUAUUAUACCAAGGCGCAGCAGAUCAGACGACUGGUAUCAGACGACUUUAAGCGUGCGUUUGAGGAGCAGCAUGUGGAUGUGCUGAUCACGCCCACCACACCCUCUGGCUCUUUCGCCCUCAAUCAGGACCUGGACCCGAUCAAUAUGUACAUAAACGAUAUCAUGACGAUCCCGGCCAAUAUGGCCGGCCUUCCAAGUGCAUCGAUCCCGCUCAAGCUGUCCAGCAAAGGUACGCCACUCUCACUCCAACUGAUUGGCAAUCAUCAAUGCGAUCACCAAGUGUUGGAAGCAGUCGCCAAGGUGAUGGAAAUGAGUGCCUUCCAAGGAUUCAGCAAACAUACGCCCCACUUAAUAAAGGAGUUGGGAUUGUAG